ACAGUUAUUAUAUUGGGGCCGUCAGGCGGCAGCGGAACGAACCAAUGUCAAUGCAGAACGCUCAUUGGAGCUCCAUUGAAUCGCCAAAUCCAACUCCGCCGAACGCUCAUCGGAGCCCGCCGUCUGCUGCUCUGCUCCCCCCAUGCCCAGAUCCACAAGCCACCGGCGCAAAUCUUCCUCGCCUUCAGUCACCCGUACUGCUUCCACAAGCCAUCGGCGCGGCUCCGCCAACCGUCGGCGUGGGGAGGACCGGCCGACAACGACUCUAGGUCGCCGCGCUGGAUUCAGCUCGAUUUUCCGUGUUAUUACUUGGAUAGACGACCAAGCUAGUCAAUCCUAGCAGGAGAUACCAUGGCGAACGAGUUUCAACAGACAAAUGCGACCACAAGGGAGUUCACACUCCAGUUCUUGCAACAAAUUACAGAUAACUUCUCUGAAGAGCACAUCAUUGGUCGUGGUGGGUACGGAAUAGUGUACAAGGGGAAACUAGAAGAUGGGGAAGUGAUUGCUCUCAAGAAGCUUCAUCAAACGAUGGGGCUUGAUGACACACAAUUUAGGAAUGAGUUUAAUCACCUAAUGAGGACUGAACAUCCAAAUAUUACUCGGUUGGUUGGCUACUGCUAUAAUCAAGGACAUCAGCGCAUCAAGUACAACGGUGAAUAUAUUUUUGCCAAUGUGGAAGAAAGAGUUCUGUGCUUCGAGUACUUGCAGGGUGGAAGCCUUGACAAGCACAUUUCUGCUGAAUCUUGCGGACUCGAUUGGCACACACGUUUCAAUAUUAUUAGGGGGAUCUGUGAUGGUUUAAAUUACCUUCAUAAUGGAUCCCAAGAUCCUAUUUACCAUCUUGACUUGAAACCAGCAAAUAUAUUACUGGAUGACAAGAUGAUCCCCAAAAUUGGAGAUUUUGGUUUGUCAAGACUCUUCCCUUUAGCGCAAACAUAUAUCACAACCAAAAUUAUAGGAACACGUGGAUACAUGCCACCUGAAUACAUCAACAGAUGCGAGAUCACAUUGAAGUUUGAUGUGUACAGUUUGGGUGUUAUAAUCAUACAGAUAAUGGCAGGAUAUGAAGGCUACUCGAAGUUUACAGAUAUGUCGUCGCAAAAGUUUCUUAAGCAUGUAAUAGAAAACUGGGACAAACAGCUGCAGGUAACAAUGUCGUCACAUGCAGCAGAGCAAGUUAAGAAAUGCAUCGAAAUAGCAUUAAGGUGUGUGGUGGCGGAGCGUGAGAACAGGCCUACAAUAGCAGAGAUUGUCAAUGAACUGAACAAGAUUGAUACUGCAGACAAUUUACCUGCAGGCCAGGUCAUCAACUUCCGAAGCAAGCAUGCCUUUAGAAAAAACUCAAACUCAGAGCCCGGAGGCAGAAUCGUUUUCUCUCGCACCAAUGGGACCCUGGUAUCGUUUGACAUCUUCUCCAGCCCCUUGUCGCCUUCGUCCACCUACGAGCUCCCUCUCACUGAUGGUGUGUCCUACAAUUACAACGGCCAAGCCAUCCCUCCCGCCGCGCUGAAGACCCUCCUCAAGAACCCCAAGCUGGCAGACAAGGCCGAUGCCAACGAUGCGGACAUUGAUGCCGGCAACGUCUCCGGCCUCAUAUUUGUCUCAGAGAGGGACAAUGGCCUCGAGACGCUCUAUAUCGCACUGCAUUUCAAUGCUGGCAGCAACAUCCUUAAGGUAAUCGCCCUUGCAGACAUCUUUGGCGCUGCCGACUUCAGCGGCGUGCGCCUGGAGGACAGCGGCUGCAUCGGCGGCGGUUACAGUGUGGGUUGUCGCACCGUCGACCACUGCCUCAUCUAUGUUUCCACCAAGGAGGCAGCGCAGGAACGCCGCAGCCCCUGGACCGUCGUGUACAAAACCAACCUUACAACUGGCAAGACAGAGCGCCUCACUCCACAAGGGGUGUUUGAUUUGAGCCCAGCAGUGUCACCAUCGGGGAUGAUGGUAGCAGUGGCAUCGUUUGAAAGCAAGAGUUGGAACGGCGAGCUGGAGAACCUAAAGACAGACAUCUACGUGAUGAACGUGGAUAGCGAGGGCCAGCUAGGGCGCAAGCUACUCAUCAAGAACGGUGGCUGGCCAUCCUGGGGCAGUGAUAACAUCAUCUUCUUCCAUAGAGGCACUGAGAAAACCCUUCCCUCGACCUCGAGAAUGGUUGUUGAAACAGCUUGGGGUGUGUUCCGAUACAACAUCAGUACCCAGGAGACCGUCCAGGUGACACCCGAGGAGUUGGACGCCAUGACUCCGGCAGCCAUCAGCGAGACAAAAGUAGCGGUUGCGACCAUCCGCCAGAACGUCCCCGUGCAGUACCGGCACAUUGAGAUCUUCGACAUGAAUGCUGCAUCGCCGGUGCAGAUCACCCAGAAGACGAGCCCGGAAUGCGACCACUAUAACCCCUUCAUGCUGGACGGUGGUGGCCGCAUUGGGUACCACCGCUCCAGGACAUCAAGAUACCAUGAUAAAUUUUACAAGCUGGAGUCCCCGAGCAAGGACGUCGGUCUGUAUAGGGCGUCUGGCAUGUUCCCAGCCAUCUCCAAGGACGGCUCCAAGCUUGCCUUCGUUGAUGACAAGUCCAAGGUGGUCUGGCUCGCCGACAGCCAAGGGCUGCGCAUCGUGUACGAGCAAACAGGAAGUGACAGCGUCUUCUCCCCUGUGUGGAACCAGGAUUCGGACAAGGACAUCCUCUACAUCUGUGUUGGCCCUUCUCUGGAGUCCCACAGGCCGCUGGAGAUCUACUCCAUCACCAACAUUUCCAGCAGCGACGGGGGGCAAGAGGUCCGACAGCUCACCUGUGGCAAGUUCAACAACGCGUUCCCGUCGAGCAGCCCGGACGGAGGCAAGCUCGUCUUCCAGUCGACGAGGGAUUUUUGGCCCAAAAAAGCAGAAGACCGGCGGAAGAAGCACAGGAACCUACACAUCAUGCUAAAUGCAGCGGCCGGGGAAUUGGAUGAGAAUUGCUGGGUUACGCGGCUGACGAAAGGAUCCUGGACAGACACACAAUGCCAGUGGUCCCCGAGAGGGGACUGGAUCGUCUUCUUGUCGACACGUGACAGACAGCUGACGUCAAACCAUGCCGACGAGUUGGAGUACCCGGUGGGGUAUCUGUCCGUGUUCCUGGUGAAGGCGUAUGAUCCGAUGGUGGUCGUCAGGAUAAUGGACAGCGGGGCUGACCCGGUGUUCAGCCCGGAUGGGAGGAGCAUCGCUGUGACGGCGGAUUUCUCGGCGGUGUCCGUGGAUCCAAUCUCGCUGCCCAAGUUGGCGCGGCUCUGUAGCAACAUCUUCUUGGUGGACAUCAACACAGACGACGACACUGAGGAGAAGAAUAAGCAAGAGGAUGUGGUCAAGUGGUUGUUCCAUCAUCGGAUGACCCACAGUAGGUACGGGUGCGGGAAGCUGGCCUGGACGACCACCCGGGUCGACAUGGACCCAGAGGCGCCAUGGAAAAUGAUGGAACUGGGGCCAAACAGAAACAGGCUACCAAAGAGGGGCGCUGUUAAGAGGAGUAUAGUCAGCUCCUUGCUCGGCUUUAAUCUAUAAUUAGGUUUUGCUUUUUGCUUUUUCAGUAAUUCGGUUUGUAAUGUUAUAAUAAACUCUACCGUGGGCAUCUGAUCACCAAUUUGAUGCAGAUAGAGAAUGGAGGGCUCUUGGUAAGUUUGAACAUCCAUUUACAUGUGGAAUGGCUUUUCUGGACCUCUACCCCGAUUGAUAAUCCUGAAAAUGUUUACCCCUGUAAACCCAUACAGGUACUAGGCUCCCCACAAAUCCCUUCAAUAGAUUGUGAAGUGCUGUUUGGAUGACAAGGUAUAUCAACUGGGUAUCACAAUCGCCUUGUAUAAAAGAACUAGCAAGCUCUAAUAAUACUUGAAGCUUAUAACUUUCA